GACGUUUAUGAAGCUAUCCAUUAUCCCUGCCUUCGUACAGUGUCUCUGCACCUUUGGGGAUUGGUGUGCUCAGACCGCCGACGCUCGCAACAAUAUUAGCUGAACAUCGACCAUCGUCUUCUCUCUGUUGGACUGCUCGGCACAGCACAUAAUCUCGAGCUGCCUCCAUUGAGUCGUUGGAGACUUGGAUACUGGUGUACACGUGUCCUUGGAGGCUCUCCAGCCAAGGCCCACGCCUCCAUACUUGGGCUUCUGAUCGCAUUUCGUCGAACACAACAAAAACUACACCCCGUUGGACGACUGAUUUAUCACCGCGCGCUUUGAAUUCGUUACGCCAGCCAUCCAACGCGCGAUGCCUCCCAGGAAGCAAACGAAAAGGUCGACUGCGGACCCGAUGGCCUCCGCAGAGCCCGUUGCCAGCGUGAACGGCGAAAGUAGAGGCAAAGGAAAAGGCAAGGCACGUGAAGAGGACGUAAAAAAAGGCAAAGUCAUUGACACUGCGCAGGGUGAAGAAGCGUUUGCUUCGUUGAGCGCUACACCGACCGAUCAAGAGGAUGGCAGCUCGGAUGCUGCAAAUGUUGCUGCAACUCCUAAAUUGACAAUGGCAGAGCGGAUGGCGAAAAUGAAGCAAUUACAAGGAAAGAUGGCCGCUACGAGUCGGGCAAACCGAAAAGACUUAGUUACAGAGCAAAAGAAAGCCAAAGAGCCAGUCUUCAAAAAGGACACCACCAACUCUCGCAAGCUCGCCAAGGCCGAGCGGAUGCUGGAUGAGCGAGAUGAGAUGGAACGGGGCGAGGACAUCGAUCGAAAUCGCAACUGGCAGUACAGCAUAGAGGACAGUGAGAGGUGGGAAAACAAGCUGGAGCAGAAGGAGGAGAUGCGCGACAAAGGAGCCGUUGACUUUGAGACUGCCGCCGAGCGAAGCUACAAUCGCAAGAUCCGAGAACUCAAGCCGAAUGUCAAAGCCUAUCAAGCAACUCGCGACGAGCCUCUCGUCGGCGCAGCAGAUGCGGGGCCAUCCUCAGCCUCUUCAUCCCUCAUCCGCAGACAAGAGGAGGCGGGGGAUCAGCUCAUUUCACGAUCAGACUUGGAUUCCGCGUAUGCGCACCUCUCCUACGGCGACCAUAAGCCAAGCGACGCCGAUGUCGAUCGGCUUGUCACACAUCUCAAUUUGGAGAAAGCACAAAGACAGAAGAGGGGCCGUUCUCGAGAAGAAGACCCUGAUGGCGAGGUCACGUACAUCAAUGAUUACAACAAGCGCUUUAACGAGAAGGUCAAGCGCUUCUACGAUAAGUACACAACAGAGAUCCGAGAGAACUUCGAGCGAGGCACCGCGCUAUGAAAUGCUCGGCGGCAAUGCCGUGCAGCGGCCACUUCGCCCUUGUAUUUGUACACGACUUUGCCUAAGCGUAC